AUUGUGUUGACUUUAUAGCCGAACGGUUGCAUCGCGCUGAUUGUGUCUUUUUUAUUUUUAAAUUAAUAAAAUACUUUUUUCGCGUCCGAUUGUUACAACAAAAAAAAAACAUUGAAUAAUUUUAUCGUUUGUUUUCGUCUCUCUUAAAAUUAUAAUAUUUUAUUGAUUGUGUGGAUGUCAAAAAGAUAUUAUUGAAUUGAUACUUUUGAUUAUUGAUACCCGUUUUAAAAUCAUUAAAUAAAAAUAAAACAAAACAAAAGAAAAUAUUCAAAAGUGUUUAAAUACCAAUUUAUAUAAAAUAAAAAAAAUAAAAUAUAAAUUCAAAGUGCAAGUAAAGUGAUCUGGAAUAAUAAUAAAUUACAGUAAAACCCAACUUAAAGAAAAGAGUUAAUUUAUUCUUAAGUUAACUUUUAUAAUAUUUCUUUUUUUUUAAUUUUUAAAUUGAAAACCUGUAAUUGUGCUUUUGUAUAUAUCGAAAGAAUUACCAUGAUGUCGGCCUUAAAGGCCAACAAAACAAACAAGAACCCCAGCCAAAGUCAAAGUUUGAAUGAGUGCAAUCGCCGUCGCUGCCCUCGUCGUCUUGGCAGUUGUCCACCAAUUCCACCAACAACAUCGGUAGCUGUGUUGCAUUCGAUUGGAUUGCAAAAACUUACAAAAACUACAUCACCGACAUCAGCUAUUUCUCCUGCUGCUGGAAUUAUUGGAGUUUGCAGCGGUAUAAAUAACAGCAGCAGUAAAUUCUCCAUUGAGAACCCAACGUCAGCCUACGUGCAACACCAGAGUCACUUAGGGAACAGGUUACGAACAACGACUUCAACACUUACGGUUUACUUGCUGAUUUUCGUAGUUUUGUAUGGAUUUACAAAUUUUGGCGUGCAAUGCGGUACGGGGGCGGUCAGACCGGGCACUGGCAAUCCAUCGCCACGUCUACCGCGCACCAGCGCCAGUCAGCUCAAUAAUGGAACUGGAUAUAAAUUUGGCACGAAAGCUUCCAAUCAAACAAGAAAUGGAAAUUUACGAACAAGGCUUACUGAUGUACCAAUACAGGAGCAACAACUUCUUAACAUUUUCGAAGUUAUAAUCUCAACACUCGAGGGUAAACUCAAGCGAAUUGAUAACCUUGACAAAGCAGUGGAGCAUCUUAUGCGACGCGUUGAAGCACUCGACAAUCGUGUAGGUGACAAUAUAGUUAAAACCGAUUCAGUGAUCACGAAAUUACGUAACAUCGACACAAAGAUCUCCUAUGAUUUCCAAAUUACCACACUCCCAACAGCAUCAUCACUCGACUCAGAUACAGAUCAAGAUUCCGAUUCCGUUGGAGCAACAACUAGAGCGCGAAAUCCCCGAACUUCAACAAAUCUUGACAGCCGACUGGUGCAGCUUGAUCAAAAGGUAAGCGAUAUCGAUUCGAAGCUGGAGGGUCUGAAGAAUCAAAUCGACAAUAACUUCCUCCAAGUGGACGAUAUCAAUGCCGAGGCAAGUGAGAAGAAACCAAUCAGUAUGAAUGUAAUUGAGAUAACUAAAGCAAUGAAUGCCGAAGUAAUGAACCAUGUGACAUUGGAGUUGGGACAAUUGCGCGGCACAACUGACAACAUCGAUAAGAAACUACAAUUCCACAUAAACAUCGUGUCGGAGAAUGUCGGCCGGAUGUUGCGCAUGGUUAGUGAUAUUCAUGAAGCAGUUGUCGAUCAUAAUGAACAGUUAAAUGCAUUGAAUGCAACUACAACUGCCUUGCCAUUGAUCAAGUCUAGCAAGAUCGAUGCUCUGGUGAAGCAGAUCCGACCGAUGGUGUCGGUGUCGGAGAAAAUGGACGAGGUGUGGGAUGUUGUUGUUGGGACGAAGAGCUCCGUUGAUCAUUUGUUGCCGAAAUCAGACGAAUUAUUGACGCAGACACAGCGACAGGAAAGGGCGAUCAGUGACAUCCAUAAUGAUCUUAAGACUAAGACCAAUUUGAUCAUCAAUAAUUUGGACAUGGUCGAGAAGAGAUUGAAGAAGCAGGAGGAUGAUGUGUCGUUGUUGGCGCAGAGGCCAGUUCCACCGGAAUUACUCAUGGAUCCAACUAUCGAUAGACUGGUGGAAUAUGAUCCAAAUAGGUAUUCGGUAAUUGAAGAAUUCACUGAACCCAUUCCGACUACACCGAUUGUGGCAUCAUCGACUAGCACUACUCCUGUUACAACGACCACAACAACAAUCUCGAAUCCUAGUACAACGACUAUUGCCUUCCAAAACCAGACGUCAUCGAAGCCCCUUUCUCGAAAGGGAGGCAUUAUAUUCCCCAGUGUGAAGAACAAACCGUCGGUGGUUAAUUCAACAUUCUCAACGGAUAUUCUUACUCUGAAGGAUGUCAAAGGCUUUUCAUGUGUGGAUCUCUUAAACGUAGGUAUGCGUCAAUCAGGAGUAUUCUAUUUACAAAUUCGUGGGACAACAUAUUGGUUUUUGAAAGUAUUUUGCGAGCAAGAAAUAGCUGAUGGUGGCUGGACGGUUAUUCAACGUCGUGAUGACUUUGGCGAGCCACGAGAAAACUUCAAUCGGGAUUGGGCCGAUUACAAGAAUGGUUUCGGUGAUCCAGCGAAGGAAUUUUGGUUAGGAAACGAAAAUAUCUACAUGUUGACCAAUAACGAAGAUUAUGCUUUACGUGUUGAACUUGAAGAUUUUGAAGGAAAUAAAAGAUACGCUCAAUAUUCCCACUUUAAAAUACAUUCUGAAGCUGAUUACUACAAGCUUGAGAUUGACGGUUAUGAAGGAAAUGCUGGCGACUCCUUAAACGAUCCCUGGUAUGGCUCAAACAAUAGUCCAUUCUCCACUUACAACAGAGACAACGAUCGAAGCUCUCUCAACUGUGCCAGUAUGCUAAAGGGUGGCUGGUGGUGGAAGUCAUGCGGUCGUGGUCUUAACGGUCUCUAUUUGCAUGACCCUCAAGAUCUAACUGCACGACAAGGUAUUGUAUGGUUCCGUUGGCGUGGAUGGGACUACACCCUAAAGAAGGCGACCAUGAUGAUCAGGCCCCGUGCUCCGCAGCCUAUGAGUACGGUGACGACGUCAUAAGCUUUCAAUCGUUCAUUUAUUUAUUUGUAAAGGAAAAUUUACAAAAAUCAAAAAUCUAGAAGUAUUUUUUCGAAUAUCGAAGCAAUUCACUUAGGGAAAAAAUCAUCACAUCGAUUAUGACAUUUAAGAACAAAAUAGUAUCGAAAUUUCAUUGAGUAUGAAAAUUAUGAAUGGCGAUUCUAGACCUGUUUGAUAUUUUUGUUUUCAUUUUGGAAUAGUAGAUGAAAUUUUUAUUUUAGCCAAUCACAGUUAAUCCGAAAUAGUUUCUUUUGUUAUUAACUUAUUUCUUAAAAAAAAAAAAAAAAAACAAAAAUGCACAUUAACUUUUAAGUUUUAGAAAAUUAUAUUUAUAGGAAAAAAAUUUAAACAAUUUUUUGUAUAUUUUGCAUAUUGGCCGGAUCUGUGACAAUAUUAAGAACUUUAUUAUGUUCGCCUUGAGACAUAUUUAACACAUCAUCAAGCAAAUGUAGGAGAUUACUUUCAAUUUUUUCGUUUUUUUUUGUAAUUAUUGAACAUACAGUGUAAAUCCGCUUUGAGGCUCCUGUUGUAACUAUUCCUAUGAAAUACGUAAACCUUAUUUAAUAAUUUAAUUGAAAUCUUUUUUUAUAAAACACACAUUUAUAUUAUUGCUCUCUCUCUCUCUUUCUUGGAAAUGAAGACAAACAAAAUCUUAUAAUUUGCUAAAUUCGAAUUUUGCACCGCGAAAUUUGAUUUUUUUUUGUAAUAUUUAGAUAAUUUUUAUUUCUCAUUCAUUAUAAAUUAUUUUCAUCAUAAAUUCACCGCAUAAAUAUCACACAAUGUUCAUUCAACGAAAAUUUUAAAGAAAAUGUAAGCAACUGUCAAAAAAAGUGAAAUUUUUCAUGAGUUAAUUUCACACACUCCAAACCACACACAAACACAUACACACACGCGCGCGCGCACGCACACACACAUGAAACGUCAUGUUCAAACUUUGUAAAUAUUCGUUUUGUUGUAAAGAAUUUAUUUUAUUAUUUUUUUGUUUUUUUCUUUUUUAUAUAUAAAAGGAUGGAAAAUGAGAAAAUUGUACAGUGUUCUGUUUUGUAUUAUUUUAAAUAUUUCAUUUAAGAAUAAAAUAAAUACAUAUAAGUUUAUACAAAAAAU